GCCGGGCACUGCCCUCUGACCCCGCGGGCUGGCUAUGAGCAGGCGCUGUUUGCUCUGUCCGGCUGGCGGUUCCUCGGUUUUGGGCGUCUACAGAGCAGCAUCUUCUUGAAGAGUAAUCCAUCUGGACUUGACAGAAAUGAGUGUCCGGGCGGUUUGGCUGCUGGGGCUCGAGAAGGGAGAAACGUCAGUGAAGCUGUCGAGACGAUAUCCAACAGUUGAAAAAAGAGCUCGAAUUUUUAAUGGGAAAAGCUAUACAGAGGUACCAGAAGACAGGAUCUUCCUAAAUGCGCUAUUAGCUGAGCUCAGUAUGACUGAUCUAGACAAGAACUUUGUGGAACACAGAGACGGCUGUUGCAGAAUAAAUAGGACAUCUGUUUAUGAAAUUGCAAUCGGAGAUGGUGCUCUUUGGCCUGUCCUUGUAAUGACACAAAAUGCAAUCCUCUAUGCUUGUCUUCCUUUAGUUGAACAAUCUUUGACUCCCCACCCUUCGUUAAUAUCUCUACGUGGAAUUUCUCCUGCAUUUGCAUUACUAACAGGGUUAAUGACCUUUUUAAACAUGGCACAAAGAAAUGAAUCAGAAAUUGCUACCAAAGUGGCACAGCUCCCUGCGCUGUUGAUGCAUGCUUGUCCACUGGGGACUCCAACAGAUACUGACUUUGGAUUGAUGCAGACCCUCUCUGGCAGCCUUGUUCUUCAGAAUGCAAUCUCUUCAACACAGGCACAAAAGCAACCAGCUUGGAAGCCUGGUGUAUACAAAGGGAAACCACAGGUUAAUGUAUGUGUCACUGAACAGAUUCAAUCCAUGCAGUAUGACAAGAAAGAUGUCAUUGACGUAUGGCAGGAGUAUGGAACUGUCACAUGUAAGUGUGAUCUGGAAGGAAUAAUGCCAACUGUUACAGUAAGUCUGAACCUACCCAUCAAUGGGUCCCCUCUCCAGGAUAUCCUUGUGCAUCCGUGUGUCAGUGCAGUUGAUGCCACUAUUCUUACUUUUAACAGUGUUGAUGAUAUGGAUGAUUCACUGUUCAAUGGACCAUAUAAAUUUCCUUUCACACCACCAUUAGAUGUAUUUAAACUCUGCUACUAUACCUCCCAGGUGCCAAUCCCUCCGAUUCUUGGUUCCUAUCAAAUGAAGGAAGAAGAACAACAUUUAAAGAUUGCAGUUAAUUUGAAACUACAUGAAAGUGUCAAAAAUGGAUUUGAAUAUUGUGAAGCUCACAUUCCCUUUUUCAACAGGGGUCCAAUAGUACACACUGAAUGUAAGGUGAGCCACGGGCAGCUGGAGGUGUCACGGGAAAAAAGCUUACUGGUUUGGGUCAUUGGUCAGAAAUUCCCUAAGUCUUUGGAAGUAUCUUUAACUGGUAUAAUAAUGUUCCCUGCGUUUGGUGUAGCAAACCAUUCAGUGCAGCCAACUGAUCCAUUUUGCACUGGGCUUACUGCAUACGUUAAGCUUUACUUUCGAAUCCCAGAUUAUACUUUGACUGGUUGCUAUGUGGACCAACAUUCUGUACAAGUGUACUCGUCAGCAAAACCCAGAAUCAUCACAUCCAAGGAACUACUUUCUUCCGAGUACUACAUCUGGAACUCCAAAGGUGAUGCACCUGUGGUCAGCAGGCCAUUAAUUCCCUAAUUCAAUUGGGAGUAAACUUAUGGACCAAAUGUUUCAAAACAAAGAUCAUUCGUUUGAUUAUACAAUUCUUUAAAAAAUUGUUCUAGUUAAAUAUUCAGUUGUGUUUCAGAAGGUGAUCUUUUUAAAUAAAAUGAAUGUUUAUCAUAGUCUCAUGGUAAAGUUUGAUUAUAUGAUGUACCAAUGAUAAAUAUUGUAAAUCUGAUUAAUAAAACAUGAUGAAAAACUUGA